CCCCCCCCCCAAAGAAAUAGGUAGGAUUUGACAUCGAUCUCCUAGGCCGUCGUCCGACUCCAGACCCCCUUGGUCUUCCUUCCCGCCUUGCCGCUCCCCCGUCCUCCUCCGGCCUCUCUCUCCCUCUCUCUCUGUACUGCCGCUUCUCUCCAUACCAGCCAGUCAUCUGUUUGACUCCCUGCGAACAUAACAUGCCAACGCUAAAGAGGGGGAAGGCCUCCUCGUCGUCUUCCUCUUCCUCGCGUGUCCUGGUCCCAAUGGAAACCGAUUCCGAGGAGAGCCCCUUCUCCUCAUCGUCGUCGUCGGAAGGGGAGGAGGAGGAGGAGGAGGAAGGCGAGGGCGGUAGGGUUUCGGAUGAUGAGGAUGAGGGGAAUGGUGAGGAAGCAGUAGAGGAUCGUGCUAAGAAGAGGAAGGCUCCCAUCACCAUCUCUCUCAAGAAAGUCUGCAAGGUGUGCAAGGGUACGGGGCACGAAGCGGGUUUCAGAGGUGCCACCUACAUCGACUGCCCCAGGAAGCCCUGUUUCCUCUGUAAGAGACCUGGCCAUACAACGAUGUUCUGUCCUCACCGCGUCGCUACGGAGCAUGGCGUCAUUCCAGCCCCCCGAAGGAACACAGACACUUCACUGGAUUACAUCUUCAAGCGCCAGCUGAAAGCUAAAAUUCCAAUGAUCAAGCCAACAUUUGUUAUCCCUGGUCAAUUGGACUGUGGAGUAAUCAGAUUCCACAGUAGGCGUGUGACAUGCUUGGAGUUUCAUCCAACGAGGAAUAAUGUUCUUUUAUCGGGAGACAAGAAAGGGCAGCUUGGCAUCUGGGAUUAUGCUAAGCUACAUGAAAAGACAGUUUAUGGAUCCAUACACUCCUGCAUAGUUAACAACAUGAAAUUCAACUUGGAAAAUGAUGGAGUACUGUAUACAUCAUCAUCGGAUGGGACAGCCAGAUGCACUGACUUGGAGACUGGAACCUCAUUUUUCUUGUUGGAUCUUAAUCCGGAGGGAUGGAACGGCCCUGCAACUUGGCGCAUGCUGUAUGGUAUGGAUAUAAAUGUUGAGAAAGGCCUUCUGCUAGUGGCAGAUAACUUCGGAUAUCUUUACUUGGUUGAUGGACGAUUGAAGACCAGAAUUGGGGGACCAAUUCUGAUACAUAAGAAGGGCAGCAAGGUUGUUGGGCUUCAUUGUAAUCCUGUUCAACCAGAUGUUCUUCUAAGCUGUGGAAAUGACCACUUUGCUCGGAUUUGGGAUGCUCGCCGGUUAGAAGCUGAAUCUUCACUUGCCAGUCUUGCUCAUGGACGUGUUGUCAACGCAGCAUAUUUUUCACCGCUGACUGGAAACAAAAUCCUGUCAACAGCCCAAGACAAUCGAAUUCGAGUGUGGGAUUCUAUCUUUGGCAAUUUGGAAUCCCCAAGCAGAGAGAUUGUCCACAGCCAUGAUUUCAAUCGUCACUUGACUCCUUUCCGAGCUGAGUGGGACCCAAAGGAUCCAUCGGAAUCUCUUGCAGUUAUUGGUCGUUACAUAAGUGAGAACUAUGAUGGGGUGGCGUUGCAUCCCAUUGAUUUUAUAGACGUGAGUACAGGGAAGCUCGUGGCAGAGGUGAUGAACACAGACAUAACAACCAUCAGUCCUGUGACCAAGCUACAUCCUCGAGAUGAUGUCUUGGCAUCAGGGAGCUCAAGGUCUCUUUUCAUUUGGAAGCCAAAGGGGGAUAAGUGUCCCGAACAACAGCUGCUUGAAAGGAAGUCCAUGAACAUCUUUGGUAGGGUUGAGAGGAAAUCUUGUGGAAAGCUUGAUGGUGAAAGUGAUGAUGAUUCUGAUUUCUCAUUCAAGGAUAAAAAACGCAAAGCCAAGAACUUUGAUGGUAAAUAUUUAAGUGGUCGGAAGAAGGCAAAGCCAUAAGCUAAAGUUUCUAAACUCCCAAGUUUUAACCCAUUUUGCGUCAACUUCUCAGUCGCUAUAGAGAAAACUGCCAUACUUCUGACAAUUCUGGUGGUUACAGCAGGCAUUGUAUUAUUCGCACCCUAUGUUCACUUAAAAUGGGAGUUGUGACAUGCUCUGUAAUUUCAUCGUCUUUAUUGUAAAUAUUUGGCUUUCAUGUCCAAGUCUUUGAUUGGUUAUUUAGUUCUCAGUUUUUGGG